UGGUCACCGAAGCUUGAAUUUCCUCCGUCUUCCAAACCCGCUUGUUAGUCGAGAAGGUUAGGUCGCCCUCGAGAAUGAAUAAAUUACAGAGAGUAGCGAAGAAAAUGGCGAAAGAAAUUCCAAGGAGAUUUGCUGUGUUGCUCGAGAGCUGGAAACGAGUGCGACUCGGAGCGUAGAAGAGAGGGACGAAGAAAGCAGUUCUCCUCCUACUUUCAUUCAAUUCUCAAGAAUCACGCAUCUCUCUCUCUCUGUCUUCACCUAAAAAAUGCCAGCUUCUGAAGAUAGAAGGGGGAAAUGGAAACGGCGGAAGCGAGGGGGAUUAUCGGCGAGGAAACCGAAGCAGGAGGAGGAAGAUAUGGAGGAAGAGGACGAGGAGAACAAUAACAACAACGACGAGAUGGAGGACGUUGAUAAUGCCGACGAGCUUCAGCAGAACGGCGGCGCAACUCCCGAUCCGGGACCCGGUAUUGGCGAGUUAGUAGAAGAUUGCGGUACUCGUAUCUCUGAUUUCCCGGCGGUGGUCAGGCGCGUGGUGAUCCGGCCACACGCGUCUGUAACGGCUGUUGUGGCGGCUGAGAGAGCUUGUUUGAUAGGGGAGACUAAAGGGCAAGGCUCGCUUCCGGCUCUGGAGAAUAUCUCGUAUGGGCAAUUGCAGGCGUUAUCUACUGUACCGGCUGAUUCUCUGACCCUUGAUCUUGAGAAGAAUUGGUUUGCACCAAACACAGUGGAUCGGCUUGAAAGACAAGUAGUCCCACAAUUCUUCUCUGGAAAAUCGCCAAAUCAUACACCUGAAAGUUACAUGGAGUUCAGGAACGCCAUCGUUUCAAAAUAUAUGGAAAACCCUGAGAAGACACUGACGAUUUCUGAUUGCCAAAGAUUGGUAGAUGGUGUGGACGCUGAAGAUUUCGCUCGUGUUUUCCGUUUUCUUGAUCACUGGGGAAUAAUCAAUUACUGUGCCACUACGGAAUGUCAUCCUGGGCCUUCUAGGGAUGUGUCAGAUGUUAGGGAGGAUACAAAUGGUGAGGUCCAUGUGCCAUCUGCUGCUCUAACAUCUAUUGAUAGUUUGAUCAAAUUUGAUAAGCCUAACUGUAGACACAAGUCAGCCCAAGUCUAUUCGUCGUCCUUGUCAUGUUCCGAUGGUGACCUCCCUGACUUGGACAUCAGGAUUCGUGAACACCUAUGCGAGAAUCAUUGCAACCAUUGUUCUCGACCGCUUCCAACUGUAUACUUCCAAUCGCAAAAGAAGGGGGAUAUACUCUUAUGCUCUGAUUGUUUUCACAAUGCAAGAUUUGUUGUCGGACAUUCUUGUAUUGACUUUGUAAGAGUGGAUACAUCCAAAGAGUAUGGAGAUCAAGAUGGAGACAAUUGGACUGACCAGGAAACUCUCCUGCUUCUCGAAGCUGUGGAACUCUACAAUGAGAACUGGAUUCAGAUUGCGGAGCAUGUUGGUUCCAAGUCAAAAGCUCAAUGCAUUCUUCAUUUUCUUCGAUUACCUGUGGAGGAUGGUCUUUUAGAUGAUGUUGAGGUUCCAGGUGUAACUAAUUCGGCAAACCUUACAGUUGGAUAUGACCACAAAGGAACAGAUUCAAAUGGGGCUUUACCUGGAUCUUCUGAGCAAGAUUCUGACACUGAGAUCAAACUUCCUUUUGUGAAGUCUCCGAAUCCGGUUAUGGCAUUGGUUUGUGAAAUUUUUUCGUUGCAGAAUUCAUUUACUCUUCUCAUUAUCCUUAUGAUCUCACCAGUUAGAGAUAUUGUUGCAUUUUUGGCAUCAGCUGUUGGACCUCGAGUUGCUGCGUCCUGUGCCCAUGAGUCCCUUGCUGUCUUAUCUCAGGAUGAUGAUAGGAUGAAAUCUGGGGGAUUACAAGGAAAAGAACACAGCUUGAUUGAUGGAGAAAAUCAGCAGCUAGAUGAAAACUCGGGAGCACAGAAAACGGCAAGCCAAAACGGAGCAGAACCACAAACUCCACUGCCACAGGAUAAGGUUAUGGCAGCCUUUAGAGCCGGUCUAUCAGCUGCAGCAACGAAAGCAAAACUGUUUGCUGAUCAUGAGGAACGCGAAAUCCAAAGGCUUUCUGCAAAUAUAGUCAAUCACCAGCUGAAGAGGAUGGAGCUGAAGCUAAAGCAGUUUGCAGAGAUUGAAACAUUGUUGAUGAAAGAAUGCGAACAAGUAGAGAAAACCCGCCAGAGAUUCGCAGCAGAGCGAGCACGUAUGCUCUCCGCAAGAUUUGGAUCACCCGGAGGAAUCUCUCCACAGACGAAUAACAAUAAUAACCUACAAGGCAUGUCUCUAUCCACAGGUGGUAACAACAUCAAUUCUCUCCUCCAGCAGCAGCAACAACAGCAAGUCUCAGCUUGCUCUUCUCAACCAAGCAUCAUCCCAGGAUUCAGCAACAACCCACAAGUUCAUGCGCAGAUGCAGUUCAUGGCACGCCAACAACAACAACAACAACAAGGGUUCGCAUUUGGCCCGAGGUUGCCUCUGAAUGCGAUACAGACCAAUGCAGGGUCAACGGCUUCACCAAAUGUGAUGUUUGGCAACAACCAGCUUAAUAACCCUGCAGCAGCAGCAGCAUCCAUGAACCAACCUUCGUUUAGUCACCCGAUGGUUAGGUCUUCCACGGGUUCUGGCUCCGGGUCCGGCCUAGGCUUAAACUAAGACCCAUCAUCUCUAGCUUAUUUAGCUUAUCGGUUUCCAAAUCUUAUUUUGCCUUUGUUAUUUUGAGCUAAAGUUAUUUGCUAUGAGAGACCGUAGUGUUGUUCUAAGUUAGUGUCUUGUAGUAUCGAAACUUUCUGAAAUCAUCAUUGUGAAUCAAACAGUUACCAAAAAUCUAUGUCUCUUGUCUCUCUCUUCACAAACCUUUUCUCUACCUAGUGGAAUCAUGUGAAUUCGAUAUUUUCC